UAGCUCUCUUCUUCAAGCCAGAUAUGGAUUCCAGAACAGCAUUCUGCGGCGCUUUGCUACUGCUCGUGACACUGCUACCUCUUUCAGCUAGCGCAUCGAGCAAACUCUACAUCGUGUAUAUGGGGGAGAAGAAGCACGAUGACCCGUCCGUGGUCACCGCGUCUCACCAUGACAUGCUAACCUCUGUUUUUGGGAGCAAGGAUGAAGCCUUGAGGUCGAUAGUUUACAGUUACAAGCAUGGAUUUUCUGGUUUCGCGGCGAUGCUCACUGAGUCUCAGGCUGAGGCAAUCGCAAAAUUCCCUGAAGUUGCCACUGUGGAGCCUAACACUUUCCACGAAACGCACACAACUAGGAGUUGGGACUUUCUUGGCCUUGACCAUAACCAACCAGCACAACAACCGGGACUACUCAAAAAAGCAAAGUACGGUGAAGAUGUCAUCGUGGGUGUGAUCGAUACAGGCAUAUGGCCAGAAUCACGAAGCUUUGACGACAAAGGGUAUGGCCCUGUACCGGCACGGUGGAAAGGGAAAUGCGAGACUGGCGAGGAGUUCAACGCCACAAGUUGCAACAAAAAGAUCAUUGGUGCACGGUGGUAUGGCAGAGGCAUCAGCGCUGAGUUGCUAAAGGGCGACUACAAAUCGGCUCGGGACAACAACGGCCAUGGCACGCACGUCGCCUCAACUAUCGCCGGCGGGGAAGUGCAGGGCGUGAGCUAUGGAGGACUGGGCAUGGGCAUGGCACGAGGCGGGGCACCACGUGCGCGGCUCAGUAUCUACAAGGCGUGCUGGGUGGGCGGGAGUUGCUCUGGUGCGGCUGUCCUUGCGGCUGUUGAUGAUGCCAUACACGACGGUGUGGACGUCUUGUCGCUCUCGAUUGGAGGGGCUGGUCAGCAGUUCCCCGGGACGCUCCAUGCUGUGCAAAGAGGGAUCUCUGUUGUGUUUAGUGGAGGGAACGAUGGACCUGUGCCGCAAACUGUGGGUAAUGCCCUGCCGUGGGUUACGACGGUGGCCGCUAGCACGAUUGACCGGUCUUUCCCGACCUUGAUAUCGCUGGGAAACAAAGAAAAGCUCGUGGGGCAAUCUCUAAACUACAACGCAGCUAUGAACAACAGCGGCUUUCAGGACCUUGUUCAUGUGCAGAGCUGCGACACAGAAUCACUAUCACUGAGCAACGUCACCGGAAAAACCGUCCUCUGUUAUGCACCGGCGCAGGCGGCCAUCACGCCACCCAGGGCAGAACUUCAUUCUCUCAUCAAUCGUACUAUCGAGGCCGGCGCAAAGGGCCUCAUCUUCGCACAAUACACUGUCAACCUUCUUGAAAUCCUGACCAGCUGCGAGGGAUUUAUGUCUUGUGCACUGGUGGAUUUCGAGAUCGCACAAAGAAUCGCCUCCUACUCAAAAAUGACUGAGAGUCCGGUGGUGAAGAUAUCGCCAGCUGUAAGCGUUGUGGGAAAUGGGGUGUUGUCACCGUAUGUCGCCUCAUUCUCGUCAAGAGGCCCGAGCCUUGCUUUCCCUCGCAUACUCAAGCCCGACAUUGCUGCACCUGGCGUCGGCAUCUUGGCAGCGGAGCGUGACUCCUACGUGUUCCAUUCUGGGACAUCCAUGGCGUGCCCACAUGUCUCUGCGGUGACGGUGUUGCUCAAGUCAGUUCACCCUGACUGGUCACCUGCCAUGAUCAAGUCUGCCAUCGUCACCACAUAUCAUCAAAAACAUGCACCAAUCAAGAGCAGUCUAUACUUGACAAAUCCUUCAAAAUAUGCACUAAUCAUCAUACUACCAUCGAGUAAUACAUGAAACUAUAACUGAUCCUCAUUCCAUCAUUACAAAUUUCCUCAUGGACUGCUUCUGUGCUCGCCUUUUUAGUUUUUAAUAACUAAGCAUCAACAAAUACAUAUACACAGUCUUCAAACUAUCCCAACAAACCAAAACAUGUGUAUGCUCCUGUGAAUAUACUUUUUCUAUAUCUAGCAGUGGGGGGCCAUUUUCCAGGGGGAAAAAGUACUUGAUAGCAUCUAUCAAGCAAGAUGAUAGCAUAGUGAAGGCUAUGUCGACGAGCAAGGUAUGCUGGCCAACACCCACCUUUUUCUCUUACUUGCACGAAAGUGUUUACCCAUUAUUACCCAUACGAACAAGUAAAACCAUGAUUACGCAGUACAUUGUCAGAUUAUCUUGCUGUAAAAUUACUUGUUGCAAUAUGACCUACUAGUUGACAGUAAAUCUGCGAAUACCCGAAACAUGCACACAAGCAAGUGUCAGAUUUUAACUUGGGCGGUGCUGCUAGAUCGCAAAAUUAAGGUCAGAUCAACAUUUGAAGGGCAGGGAAGAUCAAUAUUACCUGCGAAGUGGUACCAGAUGGGGCUGGAGUAGACUUGUUCGAAGCUGGCACCACCGGAGCUUCGGGCGGUGCGACCAUGAUUGGGGAGAAGAGGUGCCGUUGUCAGACCUUGCUGUCGACGAAGCAGUGGAGAAUCGUGGCCGGAGCAGGGGGGAGUGGGUGGCCUCGCGGAUCCGGCCGAUUUGACGAUGACGGGGGCGGCCAAGGUGACGGCUUGGAAAACCCUAGCCGUUGCCCUCCGCGUCGCCUCUCUGUCUCUGCAAAGAACGAAGUGUGGUGGGAUUGGGAAUGGGGGUGGGGUUGGGGUUGGGGCCAUCGCUCGCUUUUCUCUCUGCCUCCCACUUGUGUAGGCCCACAAAAGGAACAAAGUGUUGGGCCGGAUCAGAUGCAGAUUUGGCAGCUUUACCAAUUCUGGCCAAACAGAAAAGAUGAGCAUGACCACAGGUGUUCUUUUGAAGAAACCCUAAAAAUACACUCCUGUUCAUAUUGCAUGUGGAUGAGUCUUUCAGUACACCAAUUGAUCUUGAAUAAUUUUAAGCACUCCACAGUAUAUAUAUAUAUAUAUAUAUAUGAAAAUAAUGGUUAACCAAUAAAAUGGUAAACUAUUAGAUGCAAGGUUACAAAUAUUUGAAAAAAUCAAUAAUUGAAUUGUAUGCAUUUUUAUGAUUAAAUUUAAUAAAUGUAACAUUUUUGCAAAAACUAUGAUAAUUAAAAUAUUCAUUGGUAUUUAAAAAAACAA